AUAGAUCAUGAAAACUUAAAAUUAAGGUCCAGUUCCAACUAAAAGAAAGAAAAAACGCAGCAGCACCAGACAAGACAAUGUCCGAAAACCACAAAGAAGCGCGUGAAGAAAACGCUCCAAUGAUGGGGAAGCGAGGAGCCAAUGUAACGUUUGUGUUCUCGUACGACGUGGGACUCUGUUCUCACACCUUGUUCCUUUCAAAAAACCUUCUCUCAACGCACGCGCGUGUCUUCCAAACUUCUUCCUCUCCUUUUUCUUGUCUUCUUCGCUAUCUCUUUCUUCGGAAAAAAAAAACUCUCAAAGACACAUAAACAAGAAAGAGCGAUCAGUGAACAAGACAAGAGACUAGAGACUAGAGACUAGAGUAGAGUGAAUUACUCUCAAAAUGGCGUCGAGUAGUCGCUGGUAAGUUUAUUUUCACUUUUGCAAAUGGCGACGACGAACAACGCUCCAACGGCGGCUCAGCAGCAGCAACCGGAGACGGCUAUCGAGGGGUUAACGCCGGAGGAGCUAACGGCGAAGGCGUUGAGCAAGAGAUACGAAGGGUUGAUGACGGUGAGGAACAAAGCAGUGAAAGGCAAAGGCGCGUGGUACUGGACUCACCUCGAACCAAUCCUCGUACGCAACACCGACACUGGUGUCCCCAAAGCAGUGAAACUCCGCUGCUCCUUAUGCGACGCCGUUUUCUCCGCCUCCAACCCUUCUCGCACCGCCUCCGAGCAUCUCAAACGCGGCACCUGUCCCAAUUUCACCUCCUCCUCCGUCAACCCUUCCCCUUCCUCCUCGUCUUCUCCUUCUCCCUCCCACCACCACCGGAAACGCAACUCCUCAGGCGCCGCCGUUCCUUCUCGCCUCAGCUCUCCUCAUCCGAUAACCGUCGUCGAUCCUUCCAGAUUCUGCGCCGGAGAAUUGCAGUACUCCGCCGCUCCUCCUCCGCCGGGGCCGAUGCUCUCCGGCGGAAGAGACGAUCUGGUUCCGCUGGCUAUGCUCGAAGACAGCGUGAAGAAGCUCAAGAGUCCCAAACCGUCUCACACGCAGUCUCUCACGAGAUCGCAGGUAGACUCGGCUCUGGACUCUCUCUCCGACUGGGUCUUCGAAUCCUGCGGCUCCGUCUCUCUCUCGGGUCUCGAGCAUCCGAAGUUCCGAGCUUUUCUCACCCAAGUCGGUUUACCGAUCGUCUCCAAGAGAGACUUCGCCACCGCGAGACUCGACGCGAAGUACGAGGAGGCGAGAGCCGAGUCCGAGUCGCGAAUCCGAGACGCCAUGUUCUUCCAAAUCGCGUCGGACGGGUGGAAAUCGAGAAAUCUGGUGAGUCUGAUCGCGAAUUUACCCAACGGGAUGAGUCUCUACCGGAGGGCGGUUCUGGUGAACGGAGCUGUGCCGUCGAACUACGCGGAGGAGGUUUUGCUGGAGACGGUUAAGGGUAUUUGCGGAAAUUCACCUCAGAGGUGCGUUGGGGUGGUUUCAGAUAAGUUCAAGAACAAAGCGCUGAGGAGCCUCGAGGGGCGGCAUCAGUGGAUGGUCAACCUGUCGUGUCAGUUCCAAGGGGUCAACAGUUUGGUCAAAGACUUCGCCAAAGAGCUGCCUUUGUUCAAAUCCGUAUCUCAAAACUGCGAGAGGCUCGCCAAGUUCGUCAACAGCACGGCGGGGAUACGUAACGCGCACUGUAAGUAUCAGCUGCGAGAACACGGCGAAGCGAUAAUGCUGCGGUUGCCUCCUUUGCAUUGUACUAGUACUAGUAGUAGUAGUAGUAAGGCUUGUUGUUACUUUGAGCCCUUGUUUAAUCUUCUUGAGGAUGUGUUGAGUUCCGCUAGAGCGAUUCAGCUUGUGAUGCAUGAUGAGGCUUGUAGGGCUGUUUUGAUGGAGAAUCACGUGGCUAGGGAGGUUGUGGAGAUGGUUGGAGACGGAGGGUUUUGGAACGAGGUCGAGGCGGUUCACGCUUUGAUCAAGCUUGUUAAAGAGAUGGCUCGGAGAAUAGAGGAAGAUAAGCUGCUUGUUGGGCAAUGUCUACCUCUAUGGGACGAGCUAAGAGCUAAGAUUAAAGAUUGGGAUUCUAAGUUUAACGUAGGGGGAGGACAUGUUGAUGAGAUCGUUGAGAGAAGGUUCAAGAAGUGUUAUCACCCGGCUUGGGCUGCUGCGUUUAUACUCGACCCUCUUUACUUGAUAAGAGACAGCAGCGGGAAGUAUCUUCCUCCGUUCAAGUGUUUGACACCGGAGCAAGAGAAAGAUGUAGAUAAGUUGAUAACAAGGCUUGUGUCUAGAGACGAGGCACACAUUGCGUUGAUGGAGCUUAUGAAAUGGAGAACCGAAGGGCUUGAUCCAAUGUAUGCACGUGCGGUUCAGAUGAAAGAGCGUGACCCGGUUUCUGGAAAGAUGAGGAUAGCGAAUCCUCAAAGCAGUAGGCUUGUUUGGGAGACGUAUCUAAGCGAGUUCAGGUCACUAGGGAAAGUUGCUGUAAGGCUCAUUUUCCUCCAUGCUACUACUUGUGGGUUCAAAUGCAAUUCCUCUCUUUUGAAAUGGGUUAGCUCUCAUGGAAGGUCACAUGCAGCCAUAGAUAGAGCUCAGAAGCUGAUCUUUAUAUCAGCUAAUUCGAAGUUUGAAAGAAGAGAUUUCUCUAAUGAGGAGGAUAGGGAUGCAGAGCUACUAGCCAUGGCUAGUGGUGAUGACAAUUUGCUUAACGAUGUUCUUGUGGACACAUCCUCGGCGUGACAUUUUUUUCUCUAAAUUUGAAUCCUAUGUUUUGAUCAAUUUGAUUUCAGCUUAGUUUUUUCCAUUAGAAUUUGUCAUUUUUAGGAUUGUUUGGAUUCUUUUCUUUCAUUUACUAUCAUUAAUAUUAAUUUUGUACUUGA